AAAUUUUCAUCAAGAAGAGGCUACAAAUAGGAUUACCAUCUCAGGAUCCUAUAUGUUCUCUGUCUCUAACCAAUGCUGUUUAUAGCAAAAAAUAGUUGUAGUAUCUAAAAUAUAGUAUCUAAAAUUAUAGCAAUCAUCCAGCUCGAUUUACACUCAAAGGCCACCUCAUUUGUGGUGCCUCAAUGUUAAAAUAAAUUUAGGAGUAAAUUUUUCUGUUGUCAACCUUUUUAGCAUGUCCCCAUCAGCUGACCUCUCCAAUCAACACUCAUUACCGACUCAUUCUCCUCGACUCGAGCAAAAGAAAUGGAAGAGAAAAAGAGAGAGAGGGAAGGUUGUUUGGUAUCGAAAGAAGCAAUUCAAAGGAAUUCUGGGUUUGGUUUGUUUGGUGGGUUUGUUUUUUAUUUUUAAUGGCUUCAUGCUUUUAAGGCUUCAACUUGAUGAUGAAACCAGUGGCAACAAAGACAUGUCUGUUCAAAAUUCUCCUUCAAUUUCAGUUUCAAUCAAGGAUGGAUUGAAAAAGAUUGGCAAAGGAAAAAUGCCACGAAAGGAUACUUAUGAUAGGAUGUUGGCUUUGGCUGCCCAUUCCCUUGCUAAGAAUAAACAGGAGCCAAAAGAUUUGUGGCAGGAGCCAUUUGUUCCUGCCUCUGCUUGGAGACCUUGCGCUGAUCAUCGUGAUUGGAAUCCUAGUGAGGGAAAUAAUGGUUACAUUUUGGUCACUGCAAAUGGGGGGAUGAACCAGCAAAGAGUAGCUGUUUGCAAUGCUGUGGUUCUUGCACGGUUGCUGAAUUCAUCCCUUGUUAUUCCCAGAUUUAUGUACAGCAGCGUCUGGAGAGAUGUGAGUCAAUUCAGCCACAUCUAUCAGGAGGAGCAUUUUAUUAAUUAUCUUACUCCUGAUAUUCGGAUAGUGAAGGAACUGCCUAAGGAGUUGCAGUCGCUGGAUUUGGAGGCAAUUGGUAGCACUGUGACAGAUGUAGAUGUCCCCAAAGAAUCAGAGCCAAGUUUUUAUUUGAAAAGCAUUCUCCCUAUAUUACUGAAAAAUAGAGUAGUCCAUUUUGUUGGAUUUGGGAAUCGCUUGGCAUUUGAUCCAAUACCUUUUCAGUUGCAGAGACUUCGAUGCAGAUGUAAUUUUCAUGCACUGCAAUUUGUUCCCAAGAUACAAGAAACUGGCGCCUUGCUCCUUCAAAGGCUGCGUAAACAUGCUACCCAUCCAGGGUCACUGGAUCAUUAUCUUACUGGUCCUUUUGCAGAACCAAAUCUGAAAGGAAAAGUGGGUCAUGCAGUCAAAGCUUCAAGAUAUCUAGCUAUUCAUCUGAGGUUUGAAAUUGACAUGUUAGCACACUCUUUGUGUGAAUAUGGUGGAGGAGAAGAGGAGAGGAAAGAGUUGGAAGCAUAUCGUGAGAUUCAUUUCCCUGCGUUGACACAUCUUAAGAAGACAACUGAGCUACGUUCUCCUGCAUUGCUCAGGUCAGAAGGCUUAUGUCCCUUAACACCUGAGGAAGCAGUACUUAUGCUCGCGGCUCUAGGCUUCCGUCGGAAGACACAUAUGUUCAUAGCGGGUGCAAAUAUAUAUGGAGGGAGAUCACGGUUAACUGCUUUAACCAGCUUGUAUCCUAAUUUAGUUACUAAAGAGAAACUGCUUUCAGCUACUGAACUCAAACCCUUCAUGAAUUUUUCAUCUCAGCUUGCAGCAUUGGACUUCAUAGCCUGCACUGCUUCUGAUGCAUUUGCCAUGACAGACUCCGGGAGUCAGUUGUCAUCUUUGGUUUCUGGUUUUCGAAUCUACUAUGGUGGAGGGAAGAUGCCAACAAUACGGCCAAACAAGCGGAGACUUGCUGACAUUUUCAUGAAGAACAACACCAUAGAAUGGAAGAUAUUCGAGCAGAGAGUUAGGAAGGCAGUUAGACAAACUAAACAUGUCUUUGAAAGGCCCAAGGCAAGGAGUGUUUACAGAUAUCCACGGUGUAAAGAGUGUAUGUGUCUAACAGAAUAAUAUGAUCCUUUAGCUGGCAUUUGAUACCGAUUGUAACAAUCAUUCCUGUAUCAAUCUGAUUUAUUUCA